AUGCGUUCUGGACCUGAUAUUGUGGCUCUACCUGACGAAGGUCGCUACGAGCUGCUUUUGGACAGCCAGAAUCGCGUUGUGGGAAUACGCGUGAUGAUGGGCGAUGUCCUGUGUUGGCAGCUAUCCGGUGCUGUGCUGUUUGUGGCUGCUUCUGGGGAUGAUGAGGAAGCUGCGUACGUGCAGCAAGUGAACAUCAGCGUGCAGCAGGAAGAGGCAAUGCCAGUUCUGUUUACGCCAUUUGGUGGACUAGCAUAUUUCGCAGGCAUUCUGGCUUAUCUCUUCUUCUUCUGCAUGUCAUGCGGGCUUGUUCGUACCGGCGAGCUGAGUGUCCAAGCAGAGGAUGUUGACGUAUGGUGGUACGUACUUCGCAGUCUAAUCAUUGGUGGGCAGGUUUGGGCGCAGUUGCUCGUCGAUACCCUCCUCGGAAGGCAGCAGCCGCUCCAUGCUGCCACUGGAGCCAUACUUUUUGGCGCCGUCGUGUGGACUUUGGCCGACUUCUUCGUCAUACUUUCUUUCGAGCAUGGCGCCCACAUUAUUUCCUCUACGAAGCAUUUUGCUUCGAGUUAUCUAGUUUGGCACAGUUGGCCUGCGGCUUCUUUGUGGCUCGCUGUUGUCACACAUGGCUCCCUAGUUCUGGAGCAGGCAGCAGGACAGGCAGGACACAAGAUGCCAUGA